CAGGGUAGGGAGUCCUUCAGAAGACUUCCCCCUCCACUUGUCAAGGCCAGCUGACUGCUACUGAGUAGAUAGAAGUAGUGGUGUUCUUUUCACAGUAUCAUCCUCUCUGAUCUCAUGCGCCAUGUUUCGCAAGGCUUUUUUCCUCUGCUACAUGAAAAUGGACUGGGAUGUUGUCAGUUGGAGAGUAUCUCAUAUGGAGGCAGUACUUCGCAGAUGCCCUUUCCUGUCUUUGGGACCCAGUUCCCUGCAUUUGGCAGGAAAUCCAUCACUGGUGAGCUACGCCCACAAGUGUCCUAUGAUUACAGACCUUGUCUCGGGAUCGUUAGGCCGAGGUCUGUCCUCUUCCGCCUCUUUGGCCAACUGCUCACCAACGAGUCCAACAUGUGAAGUAAAGUCGCCUCAAGGCCACACUAUGCCACUUGCUGGAGUAUCCAAGUGCCCUUUCUUGGCUGCAGAGAUGGUACAGACAAACAAAGUAUUGACAGAAGCCAGCAUGGAAAUACAGGAGGACGUCGCAAAAAUACACACUUUACAAACUGACACCAUGGAGGCUCAGAAGACCAGUACAGUGGCUUCAAAACAUAUUGUUAAACCAAUGCCCUCCAAAGCAUCUCACCUUCUGAAGGAUAAUCUUCCUCAGGUUGUGACCUUCAAGUAUGACAGUUUUUUCGAGGACAAAAUAAUCAGCAAGAAAAGGGAUCACACCUACAGAGUUUUUAAGACGGUGAACCGACGUGCGCCUUCUUUCCCCAUGGCGGACAACUACUCAGAUUGUUUUAAUGUUAAGACAGAUGUGUCAGUGUGGUGCACCAAUGACUACCUCGGCAUGAGUCGCCACCCCAAAGUCACCCAGGCUAUAAUGGAGACUUUGGAAAAUCAUGGUGCUGGCGCAGGAGGCACCAGGAACAUUUCAGGAACAAGUAAAUUCCAUGUGGACCUGGAACAUGAGAUUGCUGACCUGCAUGGCAAGGAUUCCGCUCUGUUGUUCACUUCUUGUUAUGUAGCCAAUGACUCCACAUUGUUCACUUUGGCUAAAAUGUUACCAGGUUGUGAAAUUUACUCUGAUGCUGGCAACCAUGCCUCAAUGAUUCAAGGUAUUCGAAACAGUGGCGCCAAGAAAUUUGUCUUUCGGCACAAUGAUGUCGGCCAUUUACAAGAGCUGCUGGAGAGGUCGGAACCCUCCAUUCCAAAGAUUGUUGCCUUUGAGACGGUGCAUUCAAUGGACGGGGCUGUGUGCCCACUGGAGCAAAUAUGCGAUGUUGCCCACAAAUUUGGUGCCAUCACCUUUGUGGAUGAGGUGCAUGCUGUGGGCCUAUAUGGGUCUAGAGGAGGAGGGAUUGGCGACAGAGACAGAGUCAUGAGCAAGAUUGACAUCAUCUCCGGUACCCUAGGAAAGGCAUUUGGCUGUGUGGGUGGCUACAUUGCCAGCACCAGCGCCCUGGUUGACACAGUGCGGUCCUUCGCUGCAGGCUUCAUUUUCACCACUUCUCUUCCUCCCAUGCUUCUGGCCGGGGCCAGGGAGUCCAUCAAGAUUCUCAAAAGUGAAGAAGGCCAGGUGCUCAGAAGGAAACACCAGAUGAGUGUCAAGCUGCUUCGACAAAUACUCAUGGACUCGGGCCUUCCAGUCGUCCAUUGCCCAAGUCACAUCAUUCCUGUCCGGGUAGCAGAUGCACAGAAGAACACGAAGAUCUGUGACAUGAUGAUGUCCCGUUAUAACAUCUACGUCCAGGCUAUCAACUACCCAACCGUCGCUAAAGGGGAAGAAUUGCUUCGCAUCGCCCCUACGCCACACCAUACACCUAAGAUGAUGUACUACUUUGUUGACUGUCUGGUAAAAACGUGGAAAGAAGUGGGCUUGGAGUUGCGGCCGCACUCGUCAGCCAAGUGUAACUUUUGUCAACAACCUCUCCACUUCGAUUUCAUGAGUGAACGAGAAAAGUCCUACUUCACUGGACUCAGUCACAUGAUUUCCGCUGUAGGCUAGUAUUCACACUCCACCUAUUCUUACUUAGUUCAUUAUCCCAGCAAUUUAUUGUACUGUAUUUAAAUUGAUCUUGUGAUACCUUGGUGCUGUGCAGAUGCUAUACUUGGAAAGAGUGAAGACAUAAAGUGAAAGUAGUUGAGUACAACAAGAAGGCCAGGGUAGAAUUUGCCAAAAAGUAGAGGUGAACCUAAAAAAAAAUUCAGAACAAUAUUGUAUGGUCUACAUACAAAGCUGCAUUUUGUGCAUUCAGUUCUGUCGUCAUUGACUUAUAUUUACAUUUGUUUGAUGUUCUGAAACAUUUAAGUGUGACAAAAAAUAAGAAGUCAGGAAGGGGGCAAACCCUUAAUAUAUAGAUAGUUAGUUAAUAGUGCUUACAUGUUGUGUAAAAUAUGAAACAACAUGGAAGGAUUGUAAGAAUAUUUGUUUAUUUUCCCUUUAAUUUAGUGUUUUUGUUCAACAAUCAUAUUUUCUGUGUUCAGGGUUAUGAAAGUGUGGUAUAGUAAGCCUCGCUUCAAAGAAUAUAAGACAGUUGGGGCCGAGGUACUCCACCCCCAAAAAAUCUGGAUCAUACAUGUAUUGUGCCAUUUUUUUAAAUUCAGUCUAGACUGUCUCUCACAGUAGCAAUUAUUUCAAUUAUUCCAGAUUCUGUUGCAAUAUGUUUUUUUUCUGUUACUUAAGUAACUUUCAGAUGUAUACAAAACUGGUGAGACCAUGCUACUGUAAAUGUCUGCUGGCAGGUUAAUGAUGAUUUAACAUCUUUAUGCACCCCUACUCCGCUAUUCCUCAUAUUGGUCUGAACUUGUCAUUACUCCGCCUUAGACAAUUAGUGUCCUGAGGAUCAGAGACUGUUUAAUAUUUAAUCUAGAAAUCUAUUAAAGAAAUAAAGAGCACGGCGCUGCUAUUUCAAGCAUACUUUUGGAUAUAUGAGUUAAAAAAAGGAACAU